AUGGGAGAUCAACCGGUGACGAAAACAGAGUUUGAUGGUGCCAUAGCGGGUUUAACCGCGGCCAUCACCGCUCUGACAACACAGAUGACGACGUUAUCCAACAACGUUAACAACAACAGAAUCAAUCUGAACAGGGGAGGAGGUCGUGGAAACAAUCAUACGAUGGAUGAUUCGAAUUCAGAAGAGGAGGAGGUCGUGACUGAAGAAAGAAACAAUCGUGGCAAUCACCAUGAUUACCGCGUGAAAGCAGAUAUUCCAUUGUUUUACGGAACGAUGGGAGUAGAGGAAUUUUUAGAUUGGCAGAUUGAUGUUGACAGAUUUUUCGACGUCAUGGACGUCCCUGAGCACAAACAGGUUAAGAUGGUGGCAAUCAGGCUGAAAAGUACCGCCGCUGUCUGGUGGGACAGACUCGUUGUUGAGAGGAAGAGGCAGAGAAAGAAUCCCAUUCGAACUUGGCGGAAGAUGAAACAAUUGAUGCUUGAGAGAUUUUUACCUGAAGAUUAUGAACAAAUUCUGUAUAAAAUGUAUAUUGAAUGUGUUCAAGGCAAGCGAUCAGUGACAGAGUAUACCGCUGAAUUUCUGCGUUUUUCUGAACGUAAUGAAUUGGGCGAAUCAGAAAAUCAGAAAGUGGCUCGUUAUAUCAGUGGAUUGAAAGGAUCCUUGCAGGAGAAGAUGGGUUUGCAGACCGUUUGGACCGUUGCUGAAGCGUCCAACCUAGCUUUAAAGGCGGAAUUAUUAGAGAAAUCCCCCUUAAAUUCCUCAAAUUUCAUAAGGUAUUCUCCGGAGAAUAAUGUUGAUGACAAAGAGAAAAGUGCAACAACCAAAGAUUCAAACCCUGUUAACAAAGCAGGCAAUUCUGGCAAUGCACCGCAAGGCAAGACCCUCGUCCAAAAACAACACAACCCUUACGUGAAGCCUACCGAUGAUACUUGUUAUCGUUGCGGUGGGAAGGGUCACAGGUCCAAUGUGUGUCCAUCAAGGAGGGUUGCUGGAGUAGUGGAGAAAAGGGAUGAUGAUGAUGAUGAUGAGCAUCUUGCUGACAAAGAUGAAUACGCCGAAACUGAAUUUGCUGAAGAAGAAUCUGAUGAGAGGGUAAGUUUUGUGUUGCAAAGAACUUUACUAGCAUCCAAAGAUGAAGAGCAGCGCAAAAAUUUAUUUAAAACACAUUGUUCUAUCAAGAACAAAGUGUGUAAUCUGAUUGUGGAUACUGGCAGCACGGAAAAUCUAGUGUCGCAGAAACUAGUAGACUAUUUGAAGUUAUCCACUGAACCUCAUCAAAAGCCAUACUCCCUCGGUUGGGUAAGCAAGGGUCCCCAAGUUCGAGUUACACUAGCUUGCAAAGUUCCUAUCUCCAUCGGAAAGCAUUACAGAGAAAAGGUACUUUGCGAUGUUCUUGAUAUGGAUGUUUGUCAUGUUUUACUUGGUAGACCUUGGCAAUUUGAUAAUGAUAUCACUUAUCGAGGAAGCGAUAAUGUGAUGAUGUUUACAUGGGGCACACAUAAGAUUGUUAUGGCUCCUGUUUUACACUUUGAAAAAAACCAAAGGGAAAAGAAGUCAAGCUUCUUGUUGAUGAAGCAAAGUGAAGAGGAGCUUAAUAAGGAUGUUAAAGAAACUGUCAAGGCUAAGUUAGAAGAUACUGGGCAGAAGAAUAUAGCAGUUGCUGAAAAAUGUAGAAGUGUUAAAGUUUUCAAUGUAGCAAAUAUAUAUGAAUACCAUGUCGAUGAGGUGCCAACAUAG